UUCCCACUGGCCUCUCUCCAAUCUUGAGCAGUUCUCAUCAGUUUCUCACUCUCCAAACUUAAAAAGUGGUCUCGUCUGAAGGGUUUGCAAGGUCUGCACACACAGACAAAGGUCGCAGAGCGGCUGCAGGCAGCGCUGCAGCUCUAGAGCUAAAGUUCUUUGACCCAAAGAAACAUCUCCGACUGUACUGACGACUAGGGAUCAUGGUGAAGGAAGAGAAGAUCAUCACAGAGGCAGCAGGAGCAAGAGGCUACAUGGACAUGCUCGGGCUUGGAGAGGAGGCCGACUACUUGAUGUGCAUGUCUCCUUCCUCCUACCUGUCUUCUCCCGCUGCUUCUACCACCACAGCUGUGGCUUCUCCUACCUGUGGCUCCUACCUGGCUCCUCCCCUCUAUCACCAACUCGUCAGCUUCGGUGGUCAAGAUCAGUACCACGGUGGCGACGUCUUUGGCUUCCAGUAUUACGGCGGCGAUCAUGUAAUUCCGGCGGUGGUUCCACAGAAGUCCAGCCCAACCACAGAGUGCUCCUCCUCCGUGUCCUCCAUGUCGUCCUCGCCGACGGCCACCGCCAUUUCCAGCUCUAAGUCACAGGCCUUCAAGAAGAAGAAGGGGUCGAGAGGUUGUGAUCAGAUGAAGACCACCGCUCCUGCUGCUGCCCCAACCACAAACAAGAGGCCCAGGGUGAGGAGGGAGAGGCUCGGAGAGAGGAUCAUAGCGCUGCAGCAGCUCGUUUCUCCGUUCGGGAAGUCUGAUACGGCUUCCGUUCUUCACGAGGCGCUGGGAUACAUACGCUUCCUGCAUGACCAGGUUCAGGUCCUGAGCUCGCCGUACAUGGAGCGCCUGCCGCCCUCUGCGCGCGUCCCGCUGCAGGAGAGCUCGGCCGGCGGCGUGGCGGCGGCGGCGGUGGCGGAGGCCGCGCCUCCGCGGCCGAGCGACCUGAGGAGCCGUGGGCUGUGCCUGGUGCCGGUCUCGUGCACCGAGCACGUCGCCGGCACCGGCCACGGCGGCAACGGCGCCGACCUCUGGUCGGUGGCGGCGGGCAUGGCGAAGGCGACGGCGACGGUGACGGCCGCCGUGGAGAGGAGCAAGGAGGCCGCCGUUGCCGCAUUGCUGCGUGGUGAUCGUCCCGGGCAGCAGCUGGCCUAAGCUGCUGACUGACUGCAACAUACUACACUCUACUCUCCUUACAUCCGCAGGGUUUAGAAUUAAACCAGAUCCUUUGGAGGACUAAUCCGUUUUAGAAAAUCCGCUGCCUUUUGCUGUUCUUUUGGAGGAGGGGCUAUCUAAUUUCGUGGAAAAUUGGAAAGUGGCGCAGGGAUCCAGAGUGCAUCCACUGCAGCAAGCAAGAACUGGAGUGUGUAAAUGGAGGGGUUUUAAUUGAUUAAAGUACUAGUACCAGUAGUUCUCCUGCCUUUUUAGCACUUGAUGCGAUGAUGCCGAGAUGCAUUGGGCACGAAUGUCUGUGCGGCACAUCGAAAGGUACUACUCGAUUCGAUUGUGCUAGAGAGCGUUGCAGUGGCAGGCUUCGAUAUCGGUGGUUUGUAUAGGGGGAUAACUCCACAUUAUAUGCCCUUUCC